CUCAACCGCGCCGUGUUGAUCGAGGGGCGGAUGACAUAUUGAGGAACCGGGCAAAACAACCUCCUCCGACUCCCCGCCAUUUCUUCUCUCACACUCUACAACCCCAACCUCCCACCAUGUCCGUCAUCAACAUAUCCUCAUCCGAACAGUUCAGCUCGCUGCUGAGCUCCUCACGCUUUGUCGUUGCCGACUUCUACGCCGACUGGUGCGGUCCUUGCAAAGCUAUCGCCCCCGUCUACGAGAAGCUCGCAUCGCAGCUGUCUCGCCCGAACCACAUCACAUUCACCAAGGUCAACGGUGACCAACAGACAGAGCUUGCGCAGGCUUACAGCGUUCGAGCUUACCCGACCUUCGUCGUGUUCGAGAACGGCCGCAGCAUCAAGACCGUUGCCGGUGCCGAUCCCCAGAAACUGACCGACGUGAUCCGAAAACUCGCAUCGGAGGCUACCAAGUCCGAUGGCGGAUCUGGCGAGGCAAGCGGUGCGACCUGGCUAGGUGCCGAGGUGGCCGCGCGAUACACCGAUGUGACGGACGAAGUUGACACCAAGGGAUUGGAUUUGCUUAACCGGGACAACCAGUUCGGAGAGCCGCGCGUGUUGUUCGACAACUCCAAGCCCUCAACUCUGGCUGGCAAAGGCAAGGGCAAGUCGGAGGGUAGCAGCAGUGGUGCCGACUGGGUCGAGAGCGACACGGACGAGCAGCUGAUGCUGUACAUCCCGUUCCAGUCGAGGCUCAAAGUGCACUCUCUUCAGGUGACUUCCCUGCCUCCCGUUGCCGGCGAGAGCGACGAGGACGAUGAUGAGCUGCCCAUGCGACCGCGCACCCUGAAGCUCUACACCAACACAUCGCACGUGCUCGGCUUCGAGCAGGCGGAAGACACGAACCCGGAACAGACGAUCGAGAUCAAGCCGGAGCAGUGGGAUGCGAAGACGGGGACUGCGACCGUCGACCUACGAUUCGUCAAGUUCCAGAACGUCACCUCCCUCGUUAUCUUCUUUGUGGACGGCGACGGGGAGAGCGAGAAGCUGCGCGUGGACCGCAUUCGCAUUAUUGGCGACGCGGGUGAGAAGAGAGCCAUGGGCAAGCUGGAGAAGAUUGGCGAUGAGCCUGGCGAGUAACAAAAAUUGGUAGACAAUGACUGGAUAGGGUGACUGCAUUUCGUGUUUAUUCCAGAGACGGUGACAUUGUAGACCUUUUACGAGAGCGAUCAACGAAAGACCUUAAGAGAUAUACCAAAGCGAAUGGGGACUGAACGUCGAGAAAUUCCAGAGCCCACACCACGGAAGAUAAAAAAGAAUGCUACAUUGGAAUUGGACGACCAAAACUCCCUGACAAAAAGGUCUUGCUUGAAAUCUUUGCAUUGCUUAAGAUAUCUGAUACUCUAGAAGCUACCCACAAUUGAUGGGCAUAUAAAAUAGUAAUGUCCGAUCCCAAACCAAAAGGUCUCAUCCUUGAAAAAUCAGAAAGACCUAUAAAGUAAGAACCGGUGUGCAAUUCCGUUCGUCUGUGGCGCAACCGACACCUGGUAACAUCACUGAAGGCCCCUUUGACAAAGGCCGUGGACGUCCAAGCAACACGGGUAGGUAUUAAAUUUGAAGCUGCGCCGCCGCACGAAGAAGAAAAGAAAAGAGAGGAAGGAAGUCUCGCGAGCGAAGAAUUUAAAGCAGCCGGUGGAUGCACUCCGGAAGAAUACUUGUUCCGGGGUUUCUCGGUUGCUGGCUAGCUUGGUUGCCUUGAUGCCUGAGGUGUGCAGCCACGACCUCGCGUAUUAGGUAAGCAGUUCGAGGUGGAACAAUUUUUUCUCUGCAAGGGACGAGCUUCUCUUCUUUUUUUCUUCUCCCAUAUUAUUUUUUGGCUGAUGAUGAGGAUAAUGGAAUAUAUGAUAGGAAGAGACUGACUCCCAAUGGGAGCGUGAUCUUACAAUAAACCAUCCACUGAGGCCAUUUCAGAUUAUUAUUCUUGCUGUCCUGCUGAAGAGCAUCGGUUCUGUCAACUUAGUCAAUCAAAGCCGCAAGCUAUCCAGCUAGGCGCAAUCAGAUAUCAGAGUUUUCCUCCGGGGUUCAGGCCUCAGGCUGUCAGUAAAUCUAUCACGAGCAACCCUAGGGCCUGAUCAUUGCGAGCCGCAGGUUGCCCGUUGAUGGAGCAAUCCUCAACCCACGUGCAUUCUCACAACCACGCAAGUAUGGCCAUGGUGAGCUCGGCCGAAGCUCAAGCUCCAUAUUUGCAAAGUUCUCCAUAUCGAAGCCGGCUCGAACUGGAGCACAGAGCUCGGUAGCGUACCAUACAACAGCGUCCUCUGACGCAAUCGUAUGAUGAAACGCAUUCGAGAGAACAUCUGGGUCAACAUAGAGCUGGACCCGCGAAAGUUUUUCACUCUGCGGGCCGAAAGCAAAGACACUGAAACGGGACCUAGAGAAAACUUCAACACAAGCUCCGUAAUUGCAGCACUCGUUUUGGCGAGAAAUAACCAACUAAGUCGGCACGCCUCGGCCGGCAUCGCUUAGAUGCUACGAAUUCGUGCUCCGUACGGGUCCAAGUCUACCGACGCUGCCGAACGGCCCGCUCGAUCGUGCCAUUCACCUUGUACAGUAAGUGGCUCGUGGUCUGGAAAGCAGGAUCUGGGCCGAUGGUACGAGUGUGGGGGUUUUUUUCCUUGCGAGUUGUCUUCGUAGACUUAGUUGAUCCACUGGAGGGUUCGGCUGAAAGAGCACUUGUCAUCGGAUCCACGAUAUGGGAAUCGAAUGAAGUAAGAGCUAUCAUCUCGCACCCGAAAUAGUAUUUGCUCGGCUGCCCUAUGAUCAAAAGAUAUCCAGCCGUCGGCUAUGUGCAGAAUGCCCCAUGGCGAGCUUGGCGACAUCGCGAUAUGGGUUUUAUUGAUGGUAGCGCCGUUAGCGCUGACUCGACUCGAAAAUACAGACUUGACUUGCACUCGAGCAUCCUGUGUUUCGUGUCAGCGAAGUGUUAGCAAAGAGAA